AAGUAGAGUCAUGUUGUAGAAGUUAUAGUACUACAAAUUAACUAAAAAGGAGGAUUGUUCUGGAAACUUGCUUUUCUUCAGUAAGUUUCUGCUGCCGUUCCAGGUCCAGUUUAGUUUUGCACUUACACCUCCCCCAUGCCAUCCCCAACAAAUCUUUUCAAGACCCCACCCAAGUUCUUCUCUCUUCAGCCUUACUCCACCUUCUGCUACAAAUACCCCUUCUGACCUCACAAUCCCUCACCUGGGCCUCAGGCCCCACCCAAGUUGCUGGUUAUCCACAACUGCCAGUAGCUUUCUCCCAUCUGCCCAGUCUGAGCCUUCUCAGGUUGUGAGAUCUAGCUGCCCCUCCAGGCUGUUAAUGCUACGGGCCCACUCGGCCUCCUCCCAGGACCUCUAGAACACCCUCCUUCCAUGAAACUCAACAGGGCACGCUCUGAAGAGUGAGAUGAUCUUGAGAGCAUGUUUGCAUUCAUCAAACAUGGAGAUAACCAGGAGUUUCUGGUUAAUCUCAAUUGCCCUGUCCGCCUGUUGAUGCAUUACAUCCGUCGUAAAGUGGGCUUGCGUAGACGAGGCAUCAUCGAUUUGUGUGAUGAAUCGGGGACACUGAAGAUGUUUUUCAUCACGAAGACCCGUGGAGAAUAUGCCACCAAAUUCCUUACAGUUCGAAACACCUACUAUGUUUGUAAGGUGCAGCGUGGGGCACCAGGAACAAGAAUUGAGAAUUCCUACAGAGCUAUUGUGCCCAUCCUGAAGAAUCCAGACCCCGAAAUGGUUGAUGCUCUUCGUGCACAAUGUGAGACCUUAGAGAGAAACCGAGUGAAGGCACUGAAAAUCAUAGAAGCCAAGAGGGUCGCUGUAAUUGAAUCCACUCUGAACCUCUCAUCCAAAUCUGGAAAAUCAGACGACCACUCCCACUCCCACUCCCAGUCCCACACGACUCCUCCUCGAAAGGGCCACAACAGGGGCAAAGUGGAUUUUCACCCCCGGAGACAUCGCUAACUCAAUAAA